AUGGCUGAGGGAGGGAACAGGACAUUGCCUGUGUACAAAGUUGCCUUGAGCGGGAGAAGUGAUGUCGGUAAAACCUCUAUUUUUCGUCGAAUUCGGGGCGAUGGCUUUCUUGACGAUACUACGAAGUUCCGACAUCUACCUGACGCCACGAUCAAAGUUAAGGUUCGAGACAAAACCGUCAAGGUGAGAAAUUGGAGGAAAAUUCUGCAUAACUCAUCACUACGUCAGAAAACAUUUAUUAUGAUUGAUUUAAAAGAACUACAGUAUUAUGAUAUUUGAAACAUUAUAUCAAUUAGUUCGAGAUAAUAGUAAGACUUAAGAAGUUAUAAGCUUACAAAUAGUCUGCAAAUAUUGAAACGACCUUUAGCUCACGUCUUUUCGUGCGGACUGUACUGCAAUGUUUGAUGUUUUAUGCCAAGCCUCGAACAGGAAAAGGAUUUGUACGAAAAAACUGGAUUACAAAGGGGUAUGCUUUUGGCCCAAAAUUAAGGGGGGGGGGGAAGGUGACCCCAGGGAACCCCCGUCAUUCGCACAACAACGUUUACAAAUCCCCCCUACCCAAAAUCAAGAUUGUUUAACAAAAAUCUACUAACGCCCUUCCCCUGGGGGCAAAGAAGUGUGCUCUGCCAAGUCAAAAGGUGCAAUAUUUCAAAAGAGUUCUAUGGAAGGAAUCGUCGUUUUCUUCCAAAAAAUAUAGUCGCUAUGUAAACGAAGGAUGUAAACGAAGGAGCUAAUAAUCUAAAUAGGCAUAUUUUUAAGUGAAAUAUUGAAAAAGGAAUGAUGUUAACCGCUUCUAGAAGAAUUGACAAAUGCCCCAACAGAGGUUUGCUGCAGAGGUUUUCUGACAAAUUCCCCACCGCCAGGACCAAUAAAAUGGCGAAUACCUGACAAAUGCCUGGCAGGGGGAUGUUCGUGGGUCAUUGCUCCUAUAUUCACUGUUUUGUUGGAGCAUUUUAGAGCCUUUGGAAUUAGCCCAUUAAAUGUAGGCUUUCUGGAAUGAACGAUUUUAUUGAACAUGUGAACAAACCUCUUUCCAAGACUUAAGAUAAUUUGUUUUUUUUUUUCAGUAGGAUAUUUACUUUGAAUAAACGGUUUGAUGAAUAGGACAAUUUUUGAAUAGUCAUUUGUCGGAUUUGACGCCUUUUGAAGCACUAGUCGGCGGGGGGGAGCAUGGCCAGUUUUGGAAUUGACUGGUACAUAAUUGACCAUAUGUAAGGUAAAAUUAGUUUACAGUAAUAAAAGCCUGUUGCUUUUGAGUAGGAGCUAACUCUUUGGUACUCUUUUGAUUGUGAGAUGAGGUCUGUGAGUCAGGUGAAAACCCUGCAACCCUGCACCCUUACACCCAUGCAGAGAGUGCAAGGCAAUAGUGGGUCCCAGUCAUAGUUUUACUGUUUUAAAGAAGACAUUGUUUUCCCUAAAAUCGUUAUGCCAUUGCCCUAGGGCAGAGAUUUGCAUUGUUACUGGUUGUUUCAAUGCAAAGUCGUUCCACUACAUGUCAUUUUGCUGCAUAAUGAAUUCAAUUCACUGCAAAGUUGUUUUGCUGCAAUUCCUCUGCAAUAAUGUGAAAUGACAGGUUUUAAAAUUCAAACUAGCGACAUGUUUACGUGCAUGUACAUACCUCCCCUAGCUAAGAGGGCCCCGUUACUGUCAAGCCAGGUCAAGCGUACCCCCCAAGAUUUCAUUAAUGAAUUAUUCAAAAAUUGAAUCUGUUAGUCAGUGGUUGUAGAUUUCAGCUUCAUCUCUGCAUUCCCAGUGCAUGUGUAAUGGGCAGUGAAUUCACAAGCAAGAUAGUUGUGAAAUUUUUGUUGUCUUGAAUUUGAUGUAAAUGUCUUCAAAGCAAUAGACCUUGUUACUGAUACGGCAGCCAUAUUGAAUUAAUUCGAUUUAAGGAGUAUUAUAGGAUGCCCAGGCCAGGGGCAUGAACACAUUUUGUUUGUAUUUUCAAGGACAUUUUUUCUUGAAGUUUUCUUAGAAUAAGAUUGUAAUGGGAAAAAAGAUCUUUGUGCCAUGUUUGGAUGUAAUAAUGAUUGCCUUUUUCCCAAGAAAUAUACAGUGAAAGACCAUAUGUCUAAUACUAAACUAGAAAAAGGCGAUCAUUAUUACAUCCAAACACGGCAUAAGGAUCUUUUUUCCCAUUAAAAUCUUAUUCUAAGAAAACUUUAACAAAAAAUGUCCCGAAAAGCCCUUGAAAAUAGAAACGGAAUGUGCUCAUGCCCCCUGGGCAUCCUAUAAUACUCCUUAAAUCGAAUUAAUUCAAUAUGGCCGCCAUAUCGGUAAAAAGGUCUAUUAUUUUAUCCAUUCAAAGAUUCAUCAAUCUGACUGAACACAGAGAAGUUAUUCUAAAAAAGUCACUGCUCAUCACAAAUGCGGGAAUGCAGAUUUGAAUCUGAUACUGGUUGCAGCAAUGACUAAUGGAUUCAAAUUUCAAAUGAUCACAUCACUGAUAUAAUUUAGGGGGUUAUGCUUGACCUGACUCAAUUGUAAUUAAGGUGAAUUGUAUGAUGUGAUUGUGUGAAUUUUGCCUUGUCUAGAUACAUUUUUUUGACACAGCUGGGAUGGAAAGAUAUGGGCGUUUGACUCGCCAACACUACCAUGGAAGCCACGUUGUCCUCUUGGUUUAUGACUGUGAUGACAGUGACUCACUUAAAGAGCUGAAGGAAUUCUACAAAGAUGCAAGAGAUAAUACGAAUGGAGCUGCCAUGGUGUUGGUUCGAAAUAAAAUAGACAAAGAUUUUCAGAGUGUGGACAUUGCAGAAACUACAAACUUGAUAUGCAAUCGUAGUACAAGAGACAUUUGCAAGUUUAAGUUCAAAGCAGAAACAUCGGCAAAGGACAACACUGGCAUUGAGAAACUUGUGAAUGACAUAGCUGAAUACUUGAUUAAAAAUGUUGAACCCAGCAAUAAAAGAAAUGAUUUCCAAGAUAGGAUAAGAUUGGAGGAGCAGAUACAACAGAACCAUCCUAAUGAGACAAGUUCAAGUGGUUGCCAUUGUUAG